CAAAUUUUUCAUACACAAGGAUGGCGGCAGUUGGAGUGGUUGGUUCUGUUGCUUCUACAAAAUCAAACCAGUUGAUGAAUAACCAAGAAUGUAACGAAAAGCAUGGGAAAUUAAUAAAUGGAAAACUAAAUCAGCAUACUAAUGGUCACGUUAAACCGACAUAUUCCAGCAAUGGCGUUAGUAACAUGUCGGGCAAGAAGAGCGACGAGCACCCAUGGAUGGACUGGAGCCAGCAUUCCUUCAACCCGGGCUCGUUCGAGAAGUGCUCGCUGCUGACAGCGGCGCUCACCCACGCGGGCCUCUACAUACUCAUGUUCCUGGGCUUCGUCAACCAGCUGCUGUUCAAGCCCAAGGUCGCCACCGAGAGGAAUAGGGAGGGCUACGCGCCGCUGUACAACCCGUUCGAGCAGUUCUUCUCGCGCUACGUGUACCGGCGCGUGCGGCACUGCUUCAACCUGCCCAUCACGUCCACGCCCGGCGCCGAGCUCACGCUCAAGGAGCGCGCGACAGAUGAUUAUAAUUGGAGCUUCAGGUUCACGGGCAAAGAGAAGCGCUGCAUCAACCUGGGUUCAUACAACUACCUCGGGUUCGCGGAGCCGGCGGGCGAGUGCGCGGACGCGGCCGCAGCUGCUGCGGGGAAGUAUGGCCUGGCCAUGUGCUCCUCACGAGCUGAACUCGGCUCCACGGAGCUGCAUAGGGAAUUGGAAGAGACUACUGCGCAGUUCUUGGGCGUUGAGUCGGCCAUAGUGUUCGGCAUGGGUUUCGCCACCAACUCGAUGGGCGUGCCCGGGCUGAUCUCCCCCGGGUCACUCGUGCUGAGCGACGAGAACAACCACGCGUCCCUCAUCCUGGGCCUGCGGUUGUCCCGGGCAACCGUCCGGGUGUUCAGACAUAAUGACAUGCAGCAUCUGGAGAAACUGGCCCGAACUGCUAUAGGGGAGGGCAAGUGGGAGAGGAUUAUUGUGGUAGUGGAAGGUGUAUACAGCAUGGAAGGGUCCAUAGUGCCCCUCGCUGCACUCGUAGCACUUAAGAAACAGCUUGGUCUCUACAUCUACUUAGAUGAAGCCCAUUCGGUUGGGGCCAUGGGGCCAAGGGGACGGGGCAUUACGGACUACGCGGGGGUCGACCCCAAGGACGUGGACAUUCUCAUGGGGACCUUCACGAAGAGCUUUGGCGCCGCGGGUGGUUAUAUAGCGGGCUCGUCGCAGCUGAUCCGCAGCGUGCGCGCGCUGGGACACGGGCACGCGUACGCGCACAGCAUGGCGCCGCCCGUGGCCGCGCAGGUGCUGGCCGCCAUGCGCGCCAUCGCCGCGCCCGCCGGCCGCCGCCGCGUGGCCGCGCUCGCCCGCAACGCGCACUACUUCCGCGAGCGGUUGCGCGCGAUGGGCGUGGUGACGUUCGGGCACCUGGACUCGCCCGUGGUGCCGAUGCUGGUGUACACGUUCAGCAAGAUGGCGGCCACGGUGGAGCGCCUGCAACAGAGACGCGUGGCCACCGUGGGCGUCGGCUUCCCCGCCACGCCGCUCAACAAGGCGCGCAUCAGGUUCUGUCUAUCAGCUGCUCACACGCGCGAGCAACUGGACGAGUGUCUGGCCGCCAUAGAGGCGGUCGUCGACGAGCUCGGCCUGCGCUACUCGCGCCAGCACUAAACCGAACCACUAACCCGCCGCUAUACUCGCCUGCGCCAGGUCACACGGGCCAGUAUACUAUCCUACAGCCGCGCUUUGCAGUACAUUGCUCGUUUGUUAAUAAAUUUUCGUUCGAAUACGCCCCAGUUGUAGCAAUGUAAUGCAAAUGUGCGGCUUAGAAAUCGAUCUGAAUGUCCAGACUUCACUGGUAAUUUUUUUUUGUAUCUCUGUGUGCUUAUGGAGGUGUUGCUUUGGAAAAAUGGUACUUAUUACGUUCGAUAUAAAGUACAUUUUUGUAUAGAAUAUAAUUUAUUUUUCUAUAUGUUAGAUUUACCAAUGAAAAUGGUUCCGAUU